AUGAUAUGCACAUCAUGUAUUUGUUCACCUUUUCCCGUACCCCCUGAGACCGUCCUCUCCACCCUAAAGUCCGUUUUUUGCUUUCUUUUCCCGUCAUUCGAUCCCCAACUCCUCGUUUCUCUGACACGCUGUCUCAGUCGUGCAGCUCAAGAUCUCUUCUCCAAUCGCCCGGUCCAGGAAGCUACGAGAUUGCCAUCUGCGACAAUCAUAGCCUUUCAGCCAACCCCGUCUCCUCGAUGCCUAGAUGCGGCCGCGACCAGGAGGGGUGUGGGUGGGGAAGACACUAUCCCAGCAAACCAAACCCAUCUCCUGCUGAGAAUGAGAUGCGAUACCCAAACCUACAAGGCAGACCCCCAGCCUCGAUAG